AUGAAGUUUAUGAAGUACGCAGUUUUCUUUUACACAUCCGUGGGCAUUGAACCGUAUACAAUGGCUUCUCGGCCCAAGAAAAUCGGUCUGUGGUCAACAGUUCUUUUCUGGGCCAACGUGAUAAACUUGAGUGUCAUUGUUCUCGGGGAGUUUGUCUAUCUGGGAGUGGCUGUUUCCAGUGGAAAGUUUAUUGAUGCCGUGACCGUGCUGUCCUACAUCGGAUUCGUGUUUGUCGGCAUGAGCAAGAUGUUCUUCAUCUGGUCGAAGAAGCCAGUUCUCAGCGAUAUGGUCCAGGAACUUGAGCAGAUAUAUCCAAAGGGGAAGGCUCAGGAGGAGGACUAUCGUCUGAGUAGCUACCUUCGAUCGUGUUCCCGGAUCAGUAUUACCUACGCGCUCCUCUACUCGGUGCUCAUUUGGACCUUCAACCUGUUUAGCAUCAUGCAGUACCUCGUCUACGAGAAGUGGCUCAAGAUCCGAGUGGUUGGUCAAACGCUGCCAUAUCCGAUGUACUUUACCUGGAACUGGGAGACCACCUGGUCGUACUACCUGCUGCUUGUCUUCCAGAACCUCGCAGGACACACCUCGGCAUCCGGACAGAUCGCCACGGAUCUCCUGCUCUGCGCAGUGGCCACCCAGGUGGUCAUGCACUUCGAUCACUUGGCCAGAGUGGUGGAGCACCACGAGUUGACCAAUGACUGGAACAAAAACCUACAAUUUUUGGUCAAAAGUGUCCAAUACCACCAGCGUAUUCUCCGACUGAUGGAUGUGCUCAAUGAUAUAUUCGGAAUUCCCCUUCUGCUGAACUUCAUGGUCUCCACUUUUGUCAUCUGCUUCGUGGGUUUCCAGAUGACAGUGGGAGUGCCGCCGGACAUCAUGAUUAAGCUCUUCCUGUUUCUGUUCUCAUCGCUGAGCCAGGUGUAUCUGAUAUGUCACUACGGCCAGUUAAUUGCCGAUGCGAGUUCUGGCUUGUCGAUUGCAGCCUACAAACAGAACUGGAUUAAUGCGGACUUACGCUAUCGUCGGGCUCUUAUAUUCUUUAUAGCUCGCCCUCAAAGGACAACCUAUCUGAAGGCCACAGUCUUUAUGACUAUAACAAGGGCCACCAUGACAGACCUACUUCAGAUAUCCUACAAGUUUUUCGCUCUGCUCCGAACCAUGUACAUUAAGUAA